AUGUCGUCGGACACGAUGCAGCCUGGUGAGUCCUGGCCGGAGCAGCCACGCGCCUGUCAUGCAGACAGGCCUCUGGAAGAGUCGGGAGACGUGGAAACCUUGGGGCCUCGGGACAACCCACCUGACGUCCCCAGAGAGGAUAACCCGCCCCCCCGGGAGCCAGGUGCUGGCACCCUGAGCAGAGCGGAGCAGCAGCCUCCUGAGGAGGGGCCUGGAAACCUGGAGCUGCAGAGGACUUCCCCAGGGAGACUGGAGGAGAGGAGCUCCCUGACACAUGAGCCAGGCCAAGUGCAGAGGGGGCAGGGCAGGCCUCCAAAGCAGGAGGAGAGCUGGGAGUGGCAUCCACAUCACGUUUCAGCUAAAGACUGGGGAAUGGAGAGGAGCUCCCUGACACCUGAGCCGGGCCAAGUGCGGAGGGGGCAGGGCAGGCCUCCAGAGCAGGGGGAGAGCUUGGAGCUUUGGGAGGUGUUUGAGGACGUGGCCGUGUAUUUCACACGGAAGGAGUGGGAGCUGCUGGAAGAUGACGACAAGGUGCUUUACCAGGACCAGAUGCUGAAGAAUUACCAAGCCCUCGUUUCCCUGGGAUAUCGAGGACCCACACCUGACUUAAUCUGCAGCAUCCAGGAAGGACAAGUGGAGCUCUGGGUCUGUGAUGGUGAGGACCGUGGGGAAAUCUCAGGAUCCAUGGGGAAAUCUCAGGAUGAUGAGGACUUGCUGCUAGGAGGUGCCUGGCUGCUGAGCAGAGCUGAGGAUCAGCCUCCUGCGAAAGGGUCUCCAGACCUGGAGCCAGCAUGGGCUUCCCCAGGAAGUUUGGGUACGAUGGGCUCCCUGAGACCAGAGGAGCAGUGGCAUAAGAGUCACGGGAGACUUCAAAAGCAAAAGGAGAAUGUGAUGAACCAGCAGCUGUCUAUCCACCUGGGCAGGAAGACACACCACUGCACUGAGUGCAGGAAGAACUUCAUCUGCUGGCAAGACCUGUCCCAGCACCAGUGUGUGCAGCACUGCUGCACCAAGUGUGGAAAGAGAUUCAGGCAGCUGUCCAGCCUGGACAGGCACUGGUGCACGCACACAAGUGAGAAGCUACAUCAGUGCUUGGAGUGUGGGAAGAGCUUCACUCUCUCUUCCAGCCUGGCUCAACACCAGCGUAUCCACACAGGGGAGAAGCCACAUCAGUGCUCAGAGUGUGGGAAGAGAUUCACUCACUCCUCCAGCCUGGCUCAGCACCAGCGCAUCCACACAGGAGAGAAGCUACAUCAAUGCUCAGAGUGUGGGAAGAGAUUCACUCAGUUCUCCAACCUGACCAAGCACCAGCUCAUCCACACAGGGGAGAAGCCACAUCAAUGCUCAGAGUGUGGGAAGAGCUUCAACCGAUCCUCCAACCUGGCCCUGCACCAGCUUAUCCACACAGGGGAGAAGCCACAUCAGUGCUCCGAGUGUGGGAAGACCUUCAUCCAUUUCUCCUACCUGACCAAACACCGGCUCAUCCACACGAGAGAGAAACCACACUGGUGCUUGGAGUGUGGGAAAAGCUUCACCCGAUCCACUUACCUGGCCCAGCACCAGCUGAUCCACACAGGGGAGAAGCCACACCAGUGCUCGGAGUGUGGGAAGAGCUUCACUCACUCCUCCAGCCUGGCUCAGCAUCAGCGUAUCCACACAGGGGAGAAGCCACAUCAGUGCUCGGAGUGUGGGAAGAGCUUCACUCAUUCUUCCAGCCUGGCCCAGCACCAGCUGAUCCACACAGGGGAGAAGCCGUAUCAGUGCUCAGAGUGUGAGAAGAGCUUCACUCACUCCUCUGGCCUGGCUUGGCACCAACGUACCCACACAGGGGAGAAGCCAUAUCAGUGCUUGGAGUGUGGGAAGAGCUUCACUCACUCCUCAGGCCUGGCUCGGCACCAGCGUAUCCACACAGGGGAGAAGCCACAUCAGUGCUUGGAGUGUGGGAAGAGCUUCACUCAGUCCUCCAGCCUGGCCCAGCACCAACGCAUCCACACAGGGGAGAAGCCAUAUCAGUGCUCAGAGUGUGGGAAGAGCUUCACUCAGUCCUCCAGCCUGGCUCACCACCAGCGUAUCCACACAGGGGAGAAGCCACAUCACUGUUCAGAGUGUGGGAAGAGCUUCACCCAGUUCUCCAACCUGGCCCAGCACCAGCUCAUCCACACAGGGGAGAAGCCACAUCAGUGCUCAGACUGUGGGAAGUGCUUCACCCAAUUCUCCAAACUCGCCCAGCACUACCUGAUCCACACAGGAGAGAAGCCAUAUCAGUGCUCAGAGUGUGGGAAGAGCUUCACUCACUCCUCAGGCCUGGCUCACCACCAGCGUAUUCACACAGGGGAGAAGCCACAUCACUGCUUAGAGUGUGGGAAGAGCUUCACCCUGUCCUCCGACCUGACCAAACACCGCCUCAUCCACACGGGAGAGAAACCACAUUGGUGCUCGGAGUGUGGGAAAAGCUUCACCCUGUCCUCUAACCGGGCCCAGCACCAACUGAUCCACACAGGGGAGAAGCCACACCAGUGCUCGGAGUGCGGGAAGAGCUUCACUCACUCCUCCAACCUGACUCAGCACCAGCGUAUCCACACAGGGGAAAAGCCAUAUCACUGCUCGGAGUGUGGGAAGAGUUUCACUUACUCCUCCAGCCUGGCUCGGCACCAGCUUAUCCACACAGAGAAGAAAACAUAUCAGUGCUUAGGGUGCGGGAAGUGCUUCCUCCACUCCUCCAAACUGGCCCAGCACCAGUGCAUCCCUAUCCAGGAGUGUCCUUAAUUCUGCCAGCAAUACAGGAAGGAUUUGGAGAUGUAUACCUGCUCAGCACUCAACAGUGUCUGCAUCCAAGGAAGCAGCCUCAUGCUGGUGCAGUGCAGCAAGCGUUCACUUUUUGUUCAGCCUUUCUAGGUCACUGCAAAAGCCGAAGGACACAGAGGUUUGAUGCGUGUGAGGGUUUAAAAGGAAACAUCUCAGGUAGAGGCCAGUCUGGAUACUGGUGGGAACCUGUGAAGAGAUGAUCUCUGCAUCAGCCUUGGAGCCUCUGCCAUCCUCAUCAUUCUCUAAAAGCAGCCAGUGCUCCCAGGGGGAGAAGAAGUGCCUCCAGAAUAGGUGCCCUCCCCAAGACAGCUGGCUCCAGGUGACACCCAGGGACAAUCUUUGACCGACUCCCAGCUUCAACUUUCCUCCUGGGCCCAGGGUUCUUGUAUGCGAGGCUCUAGAGUUGCAAGAAGGAGGACAUUUUUUGCUAGGGAAGCAUUCCUUGCCUUCCACCCUGACCAUGCCUUUUCUCCCCACCACAUCACCCCUCUCUCAGGCGUGCACUUACCCUUCGCAGUCUGCAAGAAACUGCUACUGCCACCCAGUAAACCCAGUUUGUCAAGAUUUAGCUUUUCAGCCUCUCAUCAGAACUGCACCACCAGGUGCAAGCUGCUCCCCCACCCUCCUUCCCUUCAUGCCCUUCUCUAUAACAGAUUCCUUGGUAAUCACGCCCCACAACUUAACAUGAUACCCCUGUGCCUGGUCUCUAUGUCCUCUCCAGAGCUGUGACAUGGGAACAGACCAGGGCCCAGAACCCUUUUCAUGGAAGCUCUCUCUGUGGUUUGUCAGCCCCUUUCCUUUCCAGAGGAUUCACCACUAUUCAGGGGGUUUUGCUAAGCCUCAGGAGCAGGAGUUGGUCACAUUUGAGGCAUCACAUCUAUGUCCUACUGUGCUGCUAAGGACCCUGCUGUUUUGAAUGAACCUUUGGCCAGGGGGAAGUAGAGUGCCUUUUCUGGGUUAAAUGUGAUACUAAGGGUAAAGGAGCUGCAACCUGUGACAAGUCCUGCCUCUUCUAUGGGAGGGUGGGGAAAGUAUGAAGCCAUCCUGUGGGUGAAAUGCAGCACAUUGUAAUUUCCGAUUGGGAAUACUGAGGCUUCCCUGCUAGUGCCAAAGCCAUUUGGCUCCAUGAGUGUCCUGUAGGGGCUACUUCAAGAAGUUAACUCAUCCUGCAGAAAAGGCCCUGGGGUUGCAGUGGACUAUACACUGAAUAUGAGCCAGCAGUGUGUCCUUGUUGCCAAGAAGACUAACAGCAUCCUGGGCUGCAUUGGUAGGUGUGUUGGCAGUGGGUAAAGGGAAGUGAUUAUUUCCUUCUGUUCAGCACUGGGGAGGCCACAUCUGGAGUUCUGUAUUCAGUUUUGGGCCUAGCACUGCAGAAUGGAUGUGGACACAUUGGAGACAGUCCAGUGGUGGGCGACAAAAUGGUGAGGGGGCUGGGGGACAUGACUUAUGAGGAUAGGCUGAGGAAACUGGGCUUAUUUAGUCUACAGAAGAAAAGACUUAGAUUUAAUAGAAAGUCUGAAAGACUGGGAUUUAAUAGAAGCUUUCCAACCACCUGAUGAAUGGCUUCAAAGAGGAUGGAGCUGAACUCUUCUCAGUGGUGUCAGAUGAUAGAACAAGGAGCAACCAUCUGAAGUUGCCACAAGGGAAGUUUUGGUUAGAUAGGAUGAAUUUUCUCACCACGAUAGUAGUAAAACGCUGGAGCAGGUUCCCCAGAGAGGUGGUGGCAUCUCCAUCCUUGGAGGUUUUCAAGACCCGGCUGGACAAAACUUUGGCUGGGAGGCUGGGCACCUUCAAGUCAGCUGGUCCUGACAUUUUACACCCCAGAGUACUUAAGGAGCUGGUGGGCAUCAUAGCCUAGUCACUGGCAAAGAUAUUUGAAAACUCAUGGUGCUCAGGUGAAGUACCUGAAGAUUGGAAGAAGGCCAGUGUGGUGCCUUUCUUCAAGAAAGGGAGGAAAGUAAAUCCAGGGAACUACAGGCCAAUCAGCUUGACCUCAAUCCCUGGAAAGAUUCUGGAAAAAAAAUAAUCAAAAACCCCAUUCAUGACAAGCUGGCUAAUGGCAACAUCUUGAGGGAUAGCCAGCACAGGUUAGUUGUGGGUAGGUCUUGCCUGGCCAAUCUCAUCUAACCAGCUGACAUAUCACCUGGACAGGGGAGAAGAGAUUGAUGUCAUAUAGCUGGACUUCAAAAAUGUCUUUGAUCUGGUGUCCCAUGAUCGCCUCAUAGAAAAAUUGGCCAACUGUGGCCUUUGCUACAUCACCGUCCGAUGGCUGGGGAAUUGGCUCUGAGGCUGGACCAGAGAGUGUGGCGCUCAGCAGAAGUGAAUCAUCACGGUGCUCCGUGACCAGUGGUGUCCCCCAAGGCUCCAUCCUUGGACCUGUUCUUUUUAGUGUCUUUAUUAAUUAUGUGGAUACUGGUGUCAGAAGUGGACUGGCCAAGUUCACUGAUACCACUAAACUUUGGGGUAAAACCUCCACACCUGAGGAUAGGGUGGUAAUCCAGGCUGACCUGGAUUGGCUAAGAAAGUGGGUGGAUAUAAACCUGAUGACAUUCAAUACCAACAAAUGCAAGGUGCUCCGCCGUGGCGGGGGUGGGGGAGAAUAUGCAGCAUGCUUAUAGGCUCGGCAGUGCUAUGCUCACUAGCACCAUGGUUGAAAAAGACUUAGGGGUCUUGAUUGACCACAAGAUGAACAUGAGCCACCAAUGCAGUGUUGCAGCUGGUAAAGCGAACAAAAUUCUGGCAUCUAUAGGUGCUCUCAAGUAAAUCUCAGGAUGCCAUCCUCCCACUGUACUCGGCCUUGGUGAGGCCGCAGCUGGAGUACUGCAUCCAAUUCUGGGCUCCGCAGUUCAAGAAAGAUGUGGAGAAGCUUGAGAGAGUCCAGAGGAGAGCCACGCAUGUGAUCAGAGGGCAAGAGAACCGGCCUUAUCAAGAGAGGCUGAGCGCUAUGGGACUUUUCAACCUGGAAAAGUGCAGACUCGGGGUGACCUGGUGGCAGCCUAUAAGUACAUAUGGGGUGUGCAUCAGGAUCUGGGAGAAUGCCUGUUGACCAGAGCGCCCCAAGGGAUGACAAGGUCAAAAUGUCACAAACUCCUCCAAGACCGUUUUAGGCUGGACAUAAGGAAAAACUUUACUGUCCGAGCCUCCAAGGCCUGGAAGAGACUCCCUCCAGAGGUGCAAGCACCUGCUCUGGACUCUUAAGAAAUGUUUGGGUGCUUACCUUGCUGGAAUGCUUUGACCCUAGCUGACUUCCUGCCCCUGGGGCAGGGGACUGGACUCGAUGAUCUUCCAAGGUCCCUUCCAGCCCUAAUGCUUGGGAAAUCUAUGAAAUCGAUGAUUUAGCUGGGGUUGAACUAGAUGACCUCCUGAGGUCCCUUCCAACUCUAACUUUCUAUGAUUCCAUGAUUCUGGAGCACACACCUUCAUCUCCAUAAUUGUCCUGUCUGCUGAUUACCCCCCCCCCCCCCCCGUGUAUAAAUCUGCCUCCUCCCUUUCCCUAAAUUACAAUGUUUAUGAGAAA